ACAAGACCUAGGAACCAUCGAGUCAAGCUGUGUUUCUCCACGGAAUGGAAAUGUGACGGAAAAAAUCAACAAAUUACGCUAUUUCUCGCCUGUAGCCGCCGAUUGGCGACGCCAUAAAGUCUGGCGAAGAGAGAAAUUCUUCUUCUAUUCCUCGUUUUUUUUCUGUGUGUCACAGACUAUGAGUAAAGAGUCCAGAAUGAAGGCAACAGUAAACCAGAAGUUGACAGAAAUGGGAGAAAGAGAGAGACUGAAGGAGUUACUGAGAGCUAAGCUCACCGAGUGUGGAUGGAAGGACCAGAUGAAGGCUCACUGCAAAGAGGUCAUCAAAGAAAAGGGUUUGGAGCAUGUCACCGUAGAGGACCUUGUUGUAGAGAUUACACCUAAAGGAAGAGCUUUGGUGCCAGACAGCGUCAAGAAAGAGCUUCUACACAGAAUUAGAGCCUUCUUAGCUCAGCACGCCACAUAAGUUAGACUGAAUGUUUCAUUAGACCACUUGCCUAUACUCUCAUUAUACAGAUUUCUAUUUUUAUGACGUGAUUUACUUGUUUUUUUCUUCAUUAUCUUGAUUUUUUAGUAACCUAGAGUACUGACUCAGACUUCGAUAUUCAGUUAGAAGUUGUUACCAAUCCUGUGACUACAUUAUUUCAUAAUAUAAAUGCAUUUACCUUGCACUUGUAAUCAAUAAUUGUAUAUAAAAUGUGCUGUUUAAAUAAAGGUUUUGCUAUAUUGGA